GCUCGGCUGAUUUGAAUGGGAUUUUUGUUUUGUUUCAGUGAGAGGCAGGGAAGGUAUGUGGGGCGGCGGUGCGCAGUGCGUGCAUGCUACGCUGCCGCGUGCCGCGCGCCAGCCCGCGCCCACGCUCAGCGGCGCCAUCGCCAGCCGCCGCCCGCCCAGACCUAUACCCCCUUCACCAACACUGGUGGCGCAGAUCGACUCGUCCGUGGCGUGCUUGUGGCUGCUGACCCCCCUCUCCGCCGGCACCGCGGUGGUCGCCGUCCUCGUCGCCGUGUCCACCAACAACUGGCUUCACACUGAAGAGAACAUGCUCAACCCCUCGUACAACGGCACCGGGAGGCAUAGCCUUGUGGCCAAACACACUGUGUCGGGGUUGUGGAGGAUUUGUCAUACUGACCCCGGGAGCACGGUGUUCAGGUGUGUCGACAUUCCGUAUUUCCCGCUGUCUCAGCACGCCCCGGACCCUAUCGACUCGACAAAUGCUAUACCAUACGUAGUGACGCGCUCGGCAGCCCCGUUGCUACUCGCAGUUCUGACGCAGGCCUUCGGGGCCCUGUGUUGUGUGCUGGGCCACUGCGUGAAGGGCCGGCGGCUAUGCACCUUCAUCGCUGGAGUUCUCUUUAUCAUAUCUGGACUAAUAAUGCUCACUGGAAUAGUGAUGUAUAUAUCGGUGUUCAAGUCCCAAGUGAAUCACAAGCUGUACUACACGGUGUUAGCGUCGCCGCGGAUGUCUUACAGCUACGGCUACUCGUUCGGGCUGUAUAUCAGCGGCUUCAUCGCCGUGGAGCUGGCCGGCACCUCGGCCAUAUUUCUGUUCCUGCAAUGGUACCAAAAAGACUGGAUCACGGAGCUCACGGAAAAAGCUAAAGCGGACGGCAGGGCGUGGGAUCGCGAGUAUGCGUUCUCGGAUUUUAGAGAGCGCGACUCCACACUACUAGAGAGACGGAUGAUGAAACGAGACACGUACCCGCCGAGCGGGUCCUCGGCUGCCACGCCGCGCGAGCGACGCCGCUUUGUCUUCGACGGCGACGACCUGCCGCACUGCUCCAUACAUAAGAAUAGAAGAAUAAAUUUAAGCUCGGCGUCGCUGAAAGACCUGUCCACUUCGACCCUAUACGGGUUCCCGGCGGCGCCGCGGCCGACGGCCUGCGACAACUACUUCGAGGAGUUUAAGGAGGUGCCGCAGAGCGCGAACACGCUGAGCGGGCUGCGGAGCGCGUCGAUAUUCCAGUCGCAGGCGUCGGUGGCGAGCGGGCGCUUCCUGGACACGUCGGCCGUGGAGCCGCCGCCGUCACGCGAGGAGGAGCUGGUGACGUUCGGCGCGGGCGCGGGCGCGCGCGAGGAGCCGGGCCGGCACGACCGCGGCGUGGGCACGGACGCGUACCGCCGCACCACGCCCGUCUGAUGCCCGUCCGUCCGCCUGUCGUGCCCCACCUCCAAGCAUAUCUUCGAGUGAUAAGUGACGUUUCGUGUACCGUUCGAUCGGUGUAUGUCGCGUGUGUUCGGCGUGAGAUAGUAUUUAAAAGAGGUGAUUUUCGAAUUUAUGAGCGUACGUGAAUUAGGAUUAUGUUAUUAGUUAAUUUUUAAUUGUUACAUUUCCUGAAAUAAACACUGCCAAUUGUGUA